GGCCUGCCCUAACCGCGAGGUUAAACCAUGUACGUGCAGUUAUGCUCGUACUCAACUUCCCACUCUUCCAAUUUCCCUUCUCUCUCUCUCUCUCUCUUACAUCUAGUACGAAGGCGUGAUUAAACCAGGUUCUUUCUCUGUUUUUCCCUUAAUGUUUGCUUCUUUACAUUUCUGCUGUGGAUGUGUAAUUUCGAGUACUAACCAACCGAUUGACUGUAUUCUCACUGUGUACAUGAUACUCAUGUAUUUCUUAUCUGAAUGGUUUCAGAAAAGCUCAUUUUGGGUAACUUAGCAUUUGAGUUUUUUGUUGGGUUUUCUAGAAUUAUUGGUGGUUCAUUGCUCCUAUUUGGUUUUUUCUGUUUUGGAAUCAAAAACUGAGAAUUGGGUCAUUCUUUCUAAUGGAUGAUUUGUUGGUACCAAGUUAGUUGAACAAUGGAAAUGUUGAACGGGGGCUUUUAUAGAUUCCAAUUUGCUUGUUGAAUUGGUUCUUUAAUGGAGGAUUGCGAAUUGUAGAUACCUAAUUGCUUGUGUGAAUGAGAUUUCUUUAAUGGAUGACAGCGUGCUUCUUUAGGGGGGGGGUUUAUAGAUUCCAAUUUGGUUGAGUAAGCUGGUUCUUUAAUAGGAUUUAGAACUUUAGAUAACCUUGUAUCAGUGAGAUUUCUUCAAUGGAUGACUGAAUACUAUCUUUAAUGGAGGAUUUAGAAAUACCAGAGUGGUUGAAAGGGUUGCCUUUGGCUCCCGAAUAUCGCCCAACUGAAACAGAAUUUGCAGACCCAAUUGCAUACAUUUCACAAAUCGAAAAAGAUGCGAGCCAAUUUGGCAUCUGCAAAAUCAUACCCCCUUUUCCUAGGCCUGCAAAGAAAUAUGUCUUUGCAAAUUUGAACAAAUCUUUAGCAAAAUUGAAAGAACAUGAAGUCAUGGAUCAAAGGGAGAAUUCUUGUCCUGUUUCAAGGAGUAUGGGCCCUUUGUCUAGCACUCGUCGUGGUUUAUCGCUAAUGGGUCAUGUAAUAGAAGAAAAUGAGAAUGAUGGCCUUGCUGUUUUUACUACUAGGCAUCAAGAAUUGGGUUGGAACCCUAGAAAGAUUCGUGGGGCUGGUCAGUCCGGUGUUCAUAUGCAAGUUUGGCAAAGUGGGGAGUCUUAUUCACUGGAGCAGUUUGAGUCUAAAUCUAGAGUUUUUGCACGUAAUCAGUUUGGGUCUUACAAGGAGACUUCUCCCCUUUUGAUUGAGACGUUGUUUUGGAAGGCAGCAUCAGAGAAGCCGAUAUACGUUGAGUAUGCGAAUGAUAUUCCAGGUUCUGGAUUUGGGGAACCUGAGGGACUUUUCAAGUUUUCAUACAGACGGCAUAGGAGGAAGAAAAUCAACCCAAAAGGCAAUUAUAGUGCUAAUCCUAACAAACUGGGAAGAGAGAGAAACAUGGGUUUGAGCACAAAGGAUGGUAAUUCUGGUAAGCAGCCUAACAAGGAUGGAGCAGAGAGAAACUUUGGUUUGGGCACAAAAGGUGACACUUGUGUAGAGGAGCUUAAUAAAAGAGGAGAUGAGACAAACAUAGUCCCUGAUACAAAAGAUGGUUACCAUGUGAAGGAGGCUUCCCACGACGAUAUUAAAAAUGGGUGUGACUUGAUGCGAACUUUAGGAGACUCUGAGCUAUCUUUUGAUUCAUCUACUGUGCCUUUACCUAGAGAGGGGCAAAGAUCUAGAGAGAAGACUUCAAAUUAUGGGGGCGAUAUGGAAGGAACGGCUGGUUGGAGGCUUGCUAAUAGUCCUUGGAACUUACAGAUUAUUGCACGAUCUCCUGGCUCCCUGACCCGUUACAUGGCUGAUGACAUACCUGGUGUUACAUCUCCAAUGAUUUAUAUUGGUAUGUUAUUCAGCUGGUUUGCUUGGCAUGUGGAGGAUCAUGAAUUGCAUAGUUUGAACUUCCUUCAUACAGGCUCCCCAAAGACUUGGUAUGCAGUCCCUGGAGAUGCAGCGUCCUCUUUUGAGGAAGUCGUAAGGUUGAAAGGUUAUGGUGGGCAUCUUGAUUCAUUAGGAUCAUUCUCCGCUUUAGGUGAAAAGACAACGCUAUUAUCUCCUGAAAUAAUUGUUGCAUCGGGAAUCCGCUGUUGUAGGUUAGUGCAACAUCCUGGUGAAUUUGUUGUCACUUUUCCAAGAGCUUACCACGUAGGGUUCAGCCAUGGCUUUAAUUGUGGUGAAGCUGCUAACUUUGCAACUCCUCAGUGGCUUAAGGUAGCAAAAGAAGCAGCAGUGCGCCGGGCUGCAUUGAGUUAUCUCCCCAUGCUCUCCCAUCAACAACUAUUAUAUAUGUUGACGCUGUCUUUUGAUUCAAGGAUACCUGCUGCCUUUCCCGCGGUACCUAGACGUUCUCGAUUGAGAGAUAAGAAAAAAGAAGAUAGAGAAAUGAUACUCAAAGAAGCAUUUAUAGGUGAUAUGAAAGAAGAAAUGGAGAUACUGAAUAUUUUGAUUGGCAAGAAAUCUGCACAGUAUUUGGUGUCUUGGGAUCCUGAGUUAUUGCCUGCACCCUGUGACCCUUCACUACGCUCCUCUCCUGCAACAGGCAAAAUGCAUUUGAAUCCCGACGAGAAAUCUUUGAAUUUCUGCAACAAAGAUGCCCAUAAUUUAUUGCAUGAUGGGCCAGAUGAGCUCUCUUUAGCUGGUUUCCAUGUUGAUUCGGGGACAUUGACAUGUGUGGCCUGUGGGGUUCUAGGUUUUCCUUGUAUGGCAGUUAUACAACCCUCUGAACAAGCUAGGAAGAACCUUUAUUCAGAAUUUGAUGAAGUUGAUCAUGAAGAAUGUGGAAUUUCUAUAUCAUUGAAGUCACAGUGUCCAACACUGGUAGCUGAUGAUGCGAAUCCAAAUUCAGACGUUUUGGAAGCACCUGUUAUUGGUCCUGAAGUACAAAAGGAUCUCUCAGAGGAAGAGAAACAGAUGUUUUAUGAAAAUUCACUUAAUCCGACGGAUGUCUCCAUUUCAUACUUGGAUCUGGGAAGAGAUUCAUCUCCCAAAUGUGAGGACCAUGUUUCUGAGUCACAACCAGCUUAUGUAUUAGAUAAUAUCGAUUUAUUGAGUGAUGGCCCUAAAGAAGCUUGUUUCACAUCAUCCAUUGUGGAGGCAGAUACUAAUUGCCACUCCUUAAAAGCAGCUCCUCCUUUGAAAGAGCCUGCGGAAAUGGAAGAGAAAGGGAUAUUGGUGACUGAAAAUUUUGAGGAAAUGGAUUCCAAAACCAUGUCAGGUUCUGGUUUGGAGAAGUCUUGCAAUAAUGCAGAGGGACUGAUGAGUGGGCCUCCAGGAAAUGGAAGUAGUCAACUAACCAAUCACUGGAACCUAUCAGAAGACAAUUUUAGGCCUAGAAUCUUUUGCCUGGAGCAUGCCUUUGAAGUUGACAAGAUGUUGCAGCGCAAGGGAGGUGUAAACAUGCUUCUCCUUUGUCACUCAGAUUAUCCGAAAAUACAAGAAAGAGCUGUUUCUGUUGCUGAAGAAAUUGGGGCCAAUUUCAAUUGCAAAGGCAUCCCCUUGGUGGCCGCCACUCCCUCAGAGCUCGAACUGAUUUACAUAUCGAUCGAUGACGAAGAACAUGAGGAAAGCGGCAAAGAUUGGACCUCAAAAUUGGGGGUGAAUUUGCAGCAUUCUAUCAACCUCUGCAAGUCGUCUUCAGCAAAAGAGGGACAUCAUGGGUUGGGCUUGAGUGUCUUGUUUCCUGAAAAUAUUUGGGGGAGAGGCUUUUAUGCGUCGGGCCUCAAGUGGAAGUUUCAAAAAUCUCGAUCCCAUAAUAAGGCAAAGACUUAUCAGAAAAGACCCUCUAUUGCUGGACAAUGGUCACAGCAUAAUUUAGAAGGAAAUCUGGUACAAGGUGAUUUAGCAGGACAGCAAGAGGAAAAUUCUUCAUUAAAAAAAUGCAGGCGACCUCGGGGCCGACCUAGAAAGCAUGCUGUGGAUAAGCAUCAUGAUGGUGGUAAAAUUACAUCACCAGCAGGAGAGCGUUUAGUUAACAAAAACACUGACAUUCUACAAAGUUCCAUGAUUUCAGAACAACCCCGUUUUCAAAAAAUAAAUGCAGAACAAACAAAUAAGGAAUCUGAAGUUUCUGCCAACUGCAUGGAUGGGGAAAACCCAGAAAAGGCUGAUUCUGCUCGUUCAGGGGGAAAACCAAUUAUAAAGAAAGGAAGCAAGAGGAGUCUGCUGAUCGAGAAAAGAAAACCUGAUUCAUGUAUAAUGACUUCAGAAGAAGCCAACAUGUUGACUGAGGUUCCGGCUUUGAACUUUUGUUUGGAUAGAGAUGACCCAGAUAAUAUAAACUCUGCCCCUUUCGAAACAAAGCCGGUAUCAAAGACGGGUAGGAAGAGGAGAAACAGAACUCAGGAAGGUGAAGUUGAUUCAUGUAUCAUGAGCUCUGAGGAAACCAACAUAGUGGAUGAGGCCUUUAUGCCAAAACAUGGCUUGGAUAGAGAAAACUCAGAAAACGUCGUAUUCACCCCGUCAGAGACAAAACCAUUUGUUAAGAGGAGGAAAGAGGUGGCAAAUGAAGUGAAUGCUAAUUCAUGCAUCAUCAGUUCUAAAGAAACUAACAUGGUGGCUGAGAUUCCGGCCUCAAAACAUCUAUCAGAGAGAGAAAAUCCAAGAAAUGUCAACCCUAUCCCUUCUGAGACGAAACCAGUUGCAAAGACGGGGAGGAAAAGGAAAGAGGUGACCAAUGAAGGGAAUACUGAUUCAUGUAUCAUGAUUUCUGAGGAAACCAACAUGGUGCCUAAGAUGCCUACUUCAAUACAUUGCUCAGAUAAAGGAAAUCCAGAAAAUAUUGAUUCUGUCCCUUCGGAGACAAAACCACAUGCUGAGGGGAGCAAGAAGAGAUUGAUAACUCAGGAAGGAAAUGCUGAUUCAUGUACGAAUGGUUCGGAAGAAACUCACAUGUCAGAUGAGAUUCUCACUUUAAAACGUAGCUCUGAUAGAGAAAACCCAGAGAACAUUGACCCUGCCCCUAUUGAGGCAAAACCAAUUGCAUAUAAUAGGAGGAAGAGGAGAAAGACAGCUCCAGAAGGGAAUGAUGAUUUGUGUAAUAAGAAGCCAGAAGAAACCAACAUGGAAACCGAGGUCUCCACUUCAAAACAUGACCUAGAUAAAGAAGCCCCAGAACAUAGUGAUUCUGCCUCUUUGGAUACAAAACCUGUUGUAAAGAAGGGGACCAAGGGAAAGAGAGAGGUCUUUCAGAAAGGAACUCAUAGUUCAUACUCCCGCAGUGGGUUUUGUUUAAGCCCGUGUGAGAACUUGAGGCCAAGGUCUAACACGUUCUGUUUAAGCCCAUGCGAGAACUUGAGGCCGAGGUCUAAUGACUCUGUAUCUCAAUCCAAAGAAGAAAUUAGUGGGGUGAGAAGAAAGUCCUCGAGAGAGAAGAAAUGGGUGGGAAUGGAGAGAGCUGGGAAUAGAGAGGUUGAGGGGGUGAAACUAAAGGGAAAUGGUUCUUAUAAAGAGGUUGAGGGGGUGAAACUAAAGGGAAAUGGUUCUUAUAAAGAGGUUGAGGGGGUGAAACUAAAGGGAAAUGGUUCUUAUAAAGAGGUUGAGGGGGUGAAACUAAAGGGAAAUGGUUCUUAUAAAGAGGUUGAGGAGGAGGGAUCAUACCGCUGUGACAUCGAAAGAUGUACAAUGUGCUUUGUAACCAAGGGUGAGCUUCUUAUACACAAGAAGAAUGGAUGUACCAUUAAAGGUUGUAGAAAGAGGUUCAAUUCUCACAAAUAUUUGGUUCUUCAUCAGAGAGUUCACAUGGAAGAGAGGCCAUUAAAGUGUACCUGGACGGGUUGCAAGAUGACCUUCAAGUGGGCUUGGGCUCGGACUGAGCACCUCAGGGUUCACACAAGAGAGAGGCCUUACAAGUGUGGAGCCCCAGGUUGUGAUAGAACUUUUAGAUUUGUGUCAGAUAUCAGUAGACACAAGCGCAAAACUGGCCAUUGUGUGAACUGAUGUUGAUGGAAAUCUUCUUGUUGAAAGUUGGGAUUCAUGCAGUUGGGUUUUUCUAUGGGAAUUGGAUGAGAGAGAGUUUUGCUUAGGGUGUGUUGCAGGAGAGAAGCAAGGUUCUAUCUGCAAUUUGGGUUGGGUAGAAAGGAGGUUAGGUUUUUUUAUUUUUAUUUUUAUUUUAUUUUUAUGUAACAGUAGAACUUCGAUUAAUGCGGGAAUCUGUGACUAUUUUAGAUGAGUUUUGUACCCCAUGAAGGUAUCCCAUGAAUUCUUGCAUUGGUCUUGCUUGCUCCGUGAGUUUA